GCCCACGUCAACUAUCGAAAGGUGCGAGGCCCAAUCGCCGGAGCGGGUGUGCUGUGGCGGCAGAUAAUGGGGAAAGCCGGGCGGAUGUACUGUACCAAGGUGCUCCGACCUAUUAUCUGAGCGCCUCGAGGGGUCGAAAUCUCACGGGCGCAGAGAGGGCAGCGACCCCGCCUACUACUGCCUGCUGCCACCUUGACACGGCAGCUCAUAAUCACUUACUUCCAUCUGCUUGCGCGACAGAAGCAGUGGAAAGGCGGACGAAAAAGAAGAAGAUCCAAGUAAACAAGACAAAUAUUGAGCAGCACUAUGCCCACUAUCAGUUCCCUCCAGGGGACAAUCCUCGCUUCCGCACCACGGUUGUCACUCCCGUCGCUGGGACUGCUUUUGGUCGGGCUGGCUGCGUCGUACUUACUCGUGCUGCGGCCCAUCUACAACAUCUUCUUCCACCCGCUCCGGCGAUACCCGGGGCCCAAGCUGUGGGCGGCUUCGUCGCUGCCAUGGGGCUUCUCGUUCAUGAGCGGGUACUGGCACCACCGCGCGAUGCAGCUCCAUGCCCAGUACGGCCACAUCGUGCGCAUCGGUCCCAAUGAACUCUCGUACGACGUGCCCGAGGCCUGGGAGGACGUGUACGGGCGGUCCAAGCACCGCAAGGAGAACCCCAAGCCGGCGUGGUACCUUAGCCCCAAAACCAAGGAGAUCGUGGGCGCGCCGCUCGAGGACCAUACGCGCAUGCGCCGCCUGCUGGGCUCCGGCUUCACCAACGCGGCCAUGCUCGAGCAGGAACCGCUGAUCAAGAGCCAUGUGGACCUAUUCAUACAGCGACUGCAUGAGGUUACUACUGGUAGUAGCAGUAGUACUGGUAGUAGUAGCAGUGCGGGGGGGAAGAAGGCCGUCGACAUGUUCGAGUGGUUCGCGUACUGCACCUUCGACAUCAUUGGCGACCUGUCGUUCGGCGAGCCGUUCGGCUGCCUGCGCGACUCAAUGCUGCACCCGUGGAUCGCCUGGGUCUUUGCCAACAUCAAGCUGGCCCACACGCUGGUCCUGUGCAACCGCAUCCCCUUUUUCUUCCUCUUCCUGCCGCUCCGACAGACCCUGGCGCUCAUCAAGGGCUCGGGCUACUUUGAGAAGACCAUCAAGGCCGUCAUUGACCAGCGGCUGGCGCGCGAGGCCGAGAGGCCCGACUUUCUGCAGAUCAUGAAGACGCCGAGGGGCAGUUCGUACAUGACGCGCGAAGAGAUACAUAGCAACGCAUCCUUCUUGACGCUGGCCGGCUCCGAAACGACUUCCAACUCCAUGGCCGUGGCCGUGUACAUGAUUGCACUUUACCCGGAUAUCAAAGCCAAGAUUACGCAGGAGCUCGUGGCAACCUUCAGCGACGAGGCCGAGAUCGACAUGCGCAGCGCGGCCAAACUGGCGUAUCUCAUGGCCGUCAUCGAGGAGAGCAUGCGCUGUCAUCCGCCGGGGCCAAACGCAUUGUGGCGUGUAACACCUGAGGGCGGGAACCAGAUUCUUGGAGACUGGCUGCCGGCAAAUACUGUUCUCAGCAUACCGCACCGCGUUAUGUAUCGCAGCGAGCACAAUUUCAAGCGCGCGCAAGAGUUCAUCCCCGAGCGCUGGCUGGAUUCUGGGGAGGGCAAGGGCACGUCGGAAUUUGCCAAUGAUCGCAAGGACAGCUUUCAUCCGUUCUCGUAUGGACCACGGACCUGUCUGGCUGUGAACCUUGCCUACGCUGAGAUGCGCUACAUCCUGGCCCGCUUGAUGUGGAACUUUGAUUUUGAGCUCGCCGACCAGAGCCGGAAUUGGGCCGAGGGUCUCCGGGCUUGGUUGAUUUGGGAGAAGCGGCCGCUGUAUGUCCACUUGGUACCGAGACGGCUGAAGUAGUAGUAGUACAGGUGCACCACGUGUGUGGCCUUGGUGAUCCGGGUUCGCCUGGGAGGGGCGUCCCAAACCCGUGCAUCUUGUGGGAAUGACAAAUAUCAAUUAUCCUGCAAAGUCCUCCC